CAUCACCAACAGUCUUUACCAGUUUUGGACCUUCGACACUCUUUUGUCCUCCAGUCACUCAUUAUCUACAUCGAAUUAUCUACGAUUGCGAGCUAAUAAUACUUCUUUCUAUCUCCUCAAAUAAUACCAGAAUUCAUCAUGUUUGCCAAGAUUUUCAGCGCUUUCCUGCUCAUUACUGCCGUGACGGCGAAGCUUCACGACAACUGUGCUUGCCACAACGGCGAUAGCUACAACUGGCGCUUGACUGCCGCUGCAUGCACAGAGUAUAACGAUGAAGGCUACGAGUGGGGCGGUGCUACCUAUAAUGAGACGUCUGGUCGCUGUGCCCAAGCCACCACUGAAGACAAGAUCGCCGGUGAUCAGUGGGAGGAUGCUUGCAGGAAGAUCGCUGAGGAGGGCUACGACUGCGCCGAUGGAGAAGGGAAGUGCUACGCCAACCCCAAGAAGGUCCGUGGCAGAUGUUAAAGGCUUUGUAUAAUACGUGGCGGGGAAUGACUUCUGCCGAAGCGUUUGAAGACUCUUUCUUUUUCCAUGACCCAAGUCUUUGUUUGUAACCUGGCCAUAUUGACUCUAUCACAGAGCAUCUUGAUACUGAGCAACUGGGAAGAAGGUCUAAGUAAAGGUCAAGACCCUCUAGAAUUAGACUUAAUGAAGGAUGGUGGGCAUAGUAUCCUCCGCAUACAAGAGAGAGUAGCGCGGGCUUGAUGGACAUCAGGGCAAUACACUCUACCGCCUAUACGUAGCGGCGAGACGGAGGAAGUUGGAUUUCUUCGAUUCAUGAAAG